AUGGAAAUUUCCGGGGCCAGAGAACAGCAGCAGGAUUGGUGUAUCCUGGAUGCAAGCAUCGACGAACUCUUAGACGCACUUUCCAAAGGGUGCUUAACUAGUGUUGAGUUGGUAGCCCGCUAUCUCCGUCGUCUCGGCACAUAUGACGCUUCUGGGCCUAAACUAAGUGCUGUCCCGAUUCUCAACUCAUCCGUAAUGGAAGAUGCCGCCAUCUCGGAUUCCAGAAGAGCCACUGGAUUGCCACCAAGGGCUCUUGAAGGCAUUCCGUUUCUCGUCAAGGAUAACAUCAAGGUCCAAGGAAUGACCGUCGCUGCUGGUUCUCCGGCCUUUGAGCAUCUGAUUGCCACAGAUGAUGCCGCUUGCGUGAAGGCAUUGAAAUCUGCUGGUGCUAUUGUCUUAGGCAGAACGAAUAUGCCAGCGAUGGCAAAUGGUGGCAUGCAGCGCGGUAUAUAUGGGCGUGCGGAAAGCCCAUACAAUUCCGAUUUUUUGACCGCUGCCUAUGGAUCCGGCUCCUCCAAUGGGUCUGCAACUGCGAUUGCUGCCAACUUUGCAGCCUUCAGUUUAGGCACGGAGACGGUCUCUUCGGGACGAUCCCCUGCGUCGAACAAUGCCCUUGUGGCUUAUACACCCUCGCGGGGCCUUCUUCCUCUGACUGGCGUGUGGCCGCUCUACCCGACGUGUGAUGUUCUCGUUCCUUAUACCAGAACAAUGAGAGAUAUGUUACUUAUCCUCGAAGUUCUUGUUGGAGCUGGGAAUGACGUUCUGGGGGAUUUUUGGAGGCAGCAGCCCUUUAUUCCACUGCCGACAGUUAGCCAAAUCCGGCCGCCAUCGUUCCAAGAGCUAAAGAACGAACACAGUCUUCAAGGAAAGCGUCUCGGUAUCCCCUCUAUGUACAUCGGAGGAGCAAGUCCAGUGCCUAUAAGCACGAGACCUUCAGUUCUGAAGCUGUGGCGUGAAUCCAGACAGGCAUUAGAAUCAUGCGGCGCAGUUGUAGUGGAGGUUGACUUCCCACUGGUCACGCACUACGAAGACUGCGAUGCAUCUACCGACCAGUGGGCAAGGAUUGACAACAUGCCCAAAGGUUGGCUUCACACGGAACGGCAUGAGCUCAUCGCUCAUGCGUGGGAUGAUUUCCUGGCCACAAAUGGACAAGCCGACUGCAACUCUUUGAGCUGUGUCAAGCCUGAUUCUAUCUUUCCUCUCGCACCUGGGUCACUGCCAGGCGAAUCAGAAGCGGACAACCAGUUAGAUUGGACAGGGCUGGUUAACUAUCCGAAGAACAAAUCUUCGUCUAUGUUUCAGCUCCCCGGAAUGAAGAAAGGCCUGAAGUCUUUGGAGGAAGCAAGAAGACACACUCUGGAAAAUUGGAUGAACAGUUUGGGGUUGGACGCGGUGGUUUUCCCAGCAAAUGGCGAUGUAGGGCCAUCAGAUGCCGAUAUCAACAACGAAGCAUCUCGGCUUGCGUGGCGGAAUGGGGUCUUGUAUUCCAAUGGCAACCUCGCCAUCCGUCAUCUCGGCGUUCCUACCAUAUCGGUCCCAAUGGGCACCAUGGAGGACACCAAGAUGCCAGUAAAUAUCACCUUUGCUGGGAGAGCGUAUGAUGAUAACCGUCUUCUAGAGUUUGGGUAUGCGUUUGAGGCAGCCACUCAGCACCGUCAGAUGCCACCGCUCGUGCCGGCUCUCGAUUCGGAUAUGGUCAGUAACAAGAUCAUCGUCACUGGACCUAGCGAUAUUCAGCGCGCGACAGUAAGGGCACUGCCUCGUAUCAAGUUGAUUGCAAAACAUAAGAGAAUCGAUGGGUCUACAGUUCAUCUUCGGGUCGAGGGUGUCGUGACGGAUCCUACAGGGAUCCCAACCGCAAAGAAUUUGACUUGCUACAUUGAUGGUGAAGCUCAAAGUGUCACUAUUGAUGGCCAGAAGUGGGGUAUUAACCUAACCCGUUCAUUAUCUGAUCGAGAAUCUGCUUGGGCUCGUUGGACGAGUCCAGCAUUAGUGCAAACGGUCAUCGUUAUGACUUACCGGGGGGCUACUGGCAUUGCCGCCGGUAAGUUGAUCAUACUGUAG